GGAAGGGUAAAUUGGCUGUUUGUUAAACUACGAGAAAAAGAAAGUGAAAACAAAAAGAUGGUCUAGCUAACUGGAUCCGUAUUAAGGGAGCAAAUUUCGGUGCUCUAUAUUGAAAAACUCUGCUUGAAACCCACCACGCUGCUUCUCCUGGUGGCGUUGGUGGUGGUGCCGGUGGCGCCCUCUUUCAACGUUGUUGGUGGCCGUGGUGCUGCUACACAUGGCAAAGUAAUGAAAACAUGGUCUUUGUUGCUAAUCUUGGGUUUCGAAACUGCAAAGUUUUGAUUAUUAUGUAAUUUGAGCUUGGUUUGAUUAGGACCCAUUUCUGGCCUACAUGUAUAAGGUUGGUUGGUUUUGAGGAAAUGUUUGUCUUUUUGGAUCUGAAAGUUGCCAUUUUGCGUAAUUUUCCGUGGGAUUCUUUUACUAGACAUUGUGAUGUGUGUUUUGGUGAAAACUGAGGGGUUUUAGAUGAAGGGUUGGUGCAAUUUAAGAAAAUUAUGAUUUAUUUAUUUUAUCUGUAAUUGGAUCCUUCUGUGUUUCCCUUUUAUGUUAGAAUCUUCCUUGAUUUUGGAGUUUCAGAUGGGUUUGCGUGUAUUCGAUUAUGAUUGCUGUUAAGCAUUAUACUUUUUAGACUUGGGAUUAAAGAUUCCAUUAAUAACAUGCAACAAAUGGAACUGCAGUCUUGGAUUUACAUACCAAUUGAACAAUUGAAUAUUAAAUGAAAGGAUGUAAGUGCUUGUUGUAAGUUAAGAUGUCCUUCAAAAGCAUAAUGCGUGAAUUUAAGGACAUAAAAGAGGGGAUUGGAAGCAUAUCAAGGCGAGGAGUUGAAGGGAAACAUUGGCGUGGCAGGGCGAAGUCACAUAUUGCACCAGAUGAAACACCAGAAGAAACUGAUCAGAUUGACCAGGGCCAGUGGGCGAAUCUACCGCCAGAAUUGCUUUUGGAUAUCAUUAUGAGGGUAGAAGAGAGUGAGUCCUCAUGGCCUGCUCGUGUCGUCGUUGUUCAUUGUGCUUCAGUCUGUAGAUCAUGGAGAGAAAUUACAAAAGAGAUUGUAAAAACUCCUGAGCAAUGUGGGCGGCUGACGUUUCCCAUAUCAUUGAAGCAGCCCGCUCCUCGUGAGUCGCCCAUACAGUGCUAUAUUAAGAGGGAUAACGCAACUUCUACAUUUCUGUUGUACUAUGGUCUGGUGCCUUCUGAGGGUGAGAAUGAUAAGUUGCUUUUAGCGGCCAGAAAGAUCAGAAGGGCAACAUGCUCAGAUUUCAUAGUAUCUUUGGUUUCAGAUGAUUUUUCUCGGGCCAGCAAAACAUAUAUUGGUAAAUUGAGGUCGAACUUUUUGGGAACCAAGUUCACCAUGCAUGAUAGUGAACCUACAUUUGAAGUGCCAAGGCAACUGGCAAGCCAGACAAGUCGUAGAUUGCAUCCCAGGCAGGUGUCUCUGAGACUGCCUGCAUGUAACUACUGUAUAGCUACUAUCACGUAUGAGCUCAAUGUUCUCCGCCCAAGAGGACCGAGGAGAAUGCAUUGCAUAAUGCACUCUAUUCCAAUGUCUUCCAUUGAGGAGGGGAGCACUGUCCAAACACUAACAUCAAUACCAGAGACAUUUAACGGCCAAUUUCCUCACCUGUCAAGUUCAAUAGGGAAGGAAUUGCUCUCAGAUAAUAGUUCUGCAAGCCUCUCUCGGUCACCAGUUUUAGCCCAAGGUUCGGAAGAGCUCCUUGUUCUUAAAAACAAGGCCCCUAGAUGGCAUGAGCAACUACAGUGCUGGUGCCUAAAUUUCAGAGGGCGUGUCACUGUUGCUUCUGUUAAGAACUUCCAACUUGUUGCUAGUGCUGAACCAUCCCACAAUGUGCCUGCUGCAGAUCAAGAAAGGGUAAUUUUACAAUUUGGAAAAAUUGGAAAAGACAUCUUCACGAUGGAUUAUUUCUACCCGCUUUCAGCCUUCCAAGCCUUUGCGAUCAGCCUGAGCAGCUUUGAUACCAAACCAGCCUGUGAAUGAUAACCAUGGCGCUUGGAGAUAUUUGCUUUACUGAACUUAAACGUUUGCCCUAAUUUUUUUGAAGCGUUUCUUCACUACAUGCCAAGCACAUUAUGCAUUGCCAUCACAGCUGAUCUGGGCAGUUCAAUCAGAGCUUUUUUGUGAUCCUGGAAUUUGACUUGUUUCACAUUUCAUCAUCCUAACACUACGGAAGUAAAAGAAGUUCAGUGCAUAGCAUCGAAACAGCUCUGUAGUUUUUUCCUGUUGGACAAUUAUAUAAUUGGUGAGAGCCUGCGUUUCAUUCUAGCAAUAUUAACUGUUAGAUGGUGUUUGUCAUUGUGUUAAAUGUUGCUUUUCA